AUGGAUCGCCCAGAAGUUGUAGAAUCUCCGCGAAAGCGGCAAAAGACUGAAGAUAUCUCCGCGACAGAUGGUUCUGCCGAGUUUCUUCCCAAGCCCGAGGUGGUUGAGGAGGUCCGUCCCGGCAAUGCGAAGGAGCGGGAGGUUGGUAUCACCGAGCUGGUAACUGCGGACAUUGAAGGCAUUGCUGGUACUCUGAAGAAGAGAUACACCGACUUCUUGGUUAAUGAGAUUAUGCCCUCCGGCGACGUCGUGCAUCUCCGCAAUUCAUCCGUCCCCAAGUCCAUCAGCGCCAACAAGCACCAGUCGCAGCAGCAGGCUGCAGCUUCAGCUGAAGAGGAAAAGUCCGCCGCUAAAACUGAAGAUACCCCCGAAGCCGAAUUCAAGGUCUCCGACACCGACAAAGCUUCACUAUGUGAACUCCUCGGCGAGGAGAAUGCCAACGCGCUCAUCGACCUUCACGCCCGUGCCAUGGCGAAUCGUAAGGGAAGACCGGCCGAGUUCGGAAAUGUUACAAGUGUUAUCACCGAUCGCGACCAGCGUACCAAGAUUCACCAGACCAUCCGUGCCGUUUUCAAGUCGCAACUCGAUUCUACUGCUGAUGGCGAGGGCAAUCUCACCAUUACUGCUGCAUCGAAUCGCUUCAACCGCGCUCCUCAAGGUGGACGGCCAGGCCGUCCUGGACCCAAUGGGGGCCCUCGAUUCAGCUGGGAUGAACUCGGUGGCCAAUAUCUUCACUUCACGAUCUACAAGGAGAACAAGGAUACAAUGGAGGUUAUCUCAUUCUUGGCUCGUCAGAUGAAGAUGAACGCUAAGAACUUCCAAUUUGCUGGUACCAAGGAUCGUCGCGGUGUGACAGCGCAGCGGGCUUGCGUUCUCCGUGUUCAGGCCGAACGACUUGCCAAGAUGAACGCCAUUCUUCGUAAUGUCCGACUCGGCGAUUUCGAGUAUCGCCAGCACGGUCUGGAUCUUGGAGAUCUCCACGGAAACGAGUUUGUUAUCACUCUCCGUGACUGCAAAUUCGCCGGUCUGGACCUCCAGGAACCUCAAGCUGCCAUCACCAAGGCCUCAGAGCUUGUCGAAUCCUCGCUGAAGAACCUACAUGAGCGUGGAUACUUUAACUACUAUGGCCUGCAGCGAUUUGGAACUUUCUCCACUCGCACUGAUGCGAUUGGUCUGAAGAUGCUCCAGGAUGACUUCGAGGGUGCCUGUAAGGCAAUUCUGCACUUUUCCCCGCAUGUUCUCGCCGCAGCGCAGGAGGGCGAGGAGUCUACUGCUCUCAUUGGCCGAGAUGACAAGGCCCGCGCUUUGGGAAUUCACAUCUUCCAGACCACUGGAAAUAUGAGCAAGGCGUUGACUGAGCUUCCUGGAAAGUUCUCCGCCGAGACUAGCAUCAUUCGUCACCUGGGCCGGUCUAAGAAUGACUACUUCGGAGCUCUGCAGGCUAUCCCUCGUAAUUUGCGUCUUAUGUACGUGCAUGCUUACCAGUCCCUCGUCUGGAACUUUGCCGCUAGUGAGCGCUGGCGUCUCUACGGCGACAAGGUGGUCGAGGGUGAUUUGGUCAUCGUGCAGGAGCACCGCGACAAGGAAGGUGGUCAGGCCGAGAACGACGACACUAUUGAUGCGGAUGGAGAGGUUAUCAUCGUACCUCAAGGCCAGGACAGUGCCAAUGCCGCUGAUGAUAUGUUCACACGGGCCCGAGCCCUGACCGCGGCAGAGGCUGCGAGCGGCCAGUACACCGUCUUUGAUAUUGUGCUUCCCCUGACUGGUUACGACAUCAUCUACCCCGCCAACAAGGUUGCUGACUUCUACCGCGACUUCAUGGCCAGCGAUAAGGGUGGUGGCCUGGAUCCAUUGAACAUGCGCCGAAAGUGGAAGGAUUCUAGUCUGAGUGGUAGCUACCGCAAGAUCUUCAGCCGCAUGGGUCCUGCCUACUCAUUUGAUAUCAAGCUGUACUCCGAUGAGGAUCAGCAGUUUGUGAAGACCGACUUGGACAACCUUCAGCAGAAUAGCGAGAGUGCCGAAGCUAGCACUUUUGAUGGCCAGACUGGGGAUAAAUUGGCGGUCGUGGUCAAGUUCCAACUUGGACAAAGCCAGUAUGCCACUAUGGCACUUCGCGAACUGUCGAAGGGCAAUGUGCAAGAAUGGAAGCCCGAGAUGGUCAGCCGAUAA